GUUUCCCGCCGGACCGAAGAGCGGAGCGUGCCAAGCGGAGCGCCGCGUCGCGGGAGCCCGGGACUACAAGAGCGUUGCUCCCGCGACAUGGCCUUCAAUUUCGGGGCUCCUUCGGGCACUUCUGGCACCGCUGCAGCUACCGCAGCACCCGCGGGAUUUGGUGGGCUUGAGACUGCCAACUCCACCGCCAGUGGGUUUAAUUUUGGGGGUUUCGGAUUAACUGCUAAUCCUGCAGUGAACUUUAAUAUUGGGAAUUUCGGUGUUUCUACUACCUCGGCAACUCCGUUCAAUUUUGGUAACAGUCUGGCAAGUGCAGGUGGGUUUGGAGGAUUUGGAACAACGUCUACAACUGCAGGUUCUGCGUUCAGCUUUUCUGCCCCAGCAAACGCAGGCAGUACUGGCCUUAUUGGUGGUACUCAGAACAAAGGCUUUGGAUUUGGUACUGGUUUUGGCACAGCAACGGGAACUAGUACCGGUUUAGGUACUGGUUUGGGGACUGGCCUGGGAUUCGGAGGAUUUAAUACGCAGCAGCAGCAGCAGCAGCAAACUACACUAGGUGGUCUCUUCAGUCAAUCAACUCAAGCUCCUGCCCAGUCCAACCAGUUGAUAAAUACUGCGAGUGCUCUUUCUGCUCCAACACUAUUAGGAGACGAGAGAGAUGCUAUUUUGGCAAAGUGGAACCAACUGCAGGCCUUUUGGGGAACAGGAAAAGGCUAUUUCAACAAUAAUAUUCCUCCAGUGGAAUUUACCCAAGAAAAUCCCUUUUGUCGAUUUAAGGCAGUGGGUUAUAGCUGUAUGCCCAAUAAUAAAGAUGAAGAUGGACUAGUGGUUUUAGUUUUCAACAAAAAGGAAACAGAUAUUAGAAGCCAACAACAGCAGUUGGUAGAGUCAUUGCAUAAAAUUUUGGGAGGAAGCCAGACCCUUACUGUAAAUGUAGAGGGUAUUAAGACAUUGCCAGAUGAUCAGACAGAAGUUGUUAUUUAUGUUGUUGAGCGAUCUCCAAAUGGUACUUCAAGAAGAGUUCCGGCUACAACACUGUAUGCCCAUUUUGAGCAGGCCAAUGUAAAAACACAGUUGCAGCAACUUGGUGUAACCCUUUCUAUGACUAGAACAGAACUUACUCCUGCACAGAUCAAACAGAUCUUACAGAACCCUCCUGCUGGUGUUGAUCCUAUCAUUUGGGAACAAGCCAAGGUGGAUAACCCUGAUUCUGAGAAAUUGAUUCCUGUUCCAAUGGUGGGCUUCAGAGAGCUUCUCAGAAGGCUGAAGGUUCAAGAACAGAUGACUAAGCAGCACCAGACCAGGCUGGAUAUUAUAUCUGAAGAUAUUAGUGAACUACAAAAGAAUCAGACUACAACUAUGGCCAAAAUAGCACAAUACAAGAGGAAACUCAUGGAUCUUUCCCACAGAACUUUGCAGGUACUAAUCAAACAGGAAAUUCAGAGGAAAAGUGGCUAUGCUAUCCAAGCUGAUGAGGAGCAGCUCCGGGUUCAGCUAGAUACAAUUCAGUGUGAACUUAAUGCACCUACUCAGUUCAAGGGCCGACUAAAUGAGCUGAUGUCCCAAAUUAGAAUGCAGAAUCAUUUUGGAGCAGUCAAAUCUGAAGAAAGGUAUUAUGUAGAUGCAGAUCUGUUACGAGAGAUCAAGCAGCAUCUGAAACAACAACAGGAAGGCCUUAGCCACUUGAUUAGCAUCAUAAAGGAUGACCUAGAAGAUAUAAAGUUAGUAGAACAUGGACUGAAUGAAACGAUCCAUAUUAGAGGUGGUAUCUUCAGCUGACAAUUUACAGACUUAUUUUAGAGGCUUGUAAAAUAUAUCCUUUUACUACAUCAGGCCUUCCUUAAAAUGACCACAUGGGAGAAAAAAAAAAGUAUUCUCUUCUGGCUGGGAUUUUUGAGGUACUGACAAAUUACUUUUCGAUAUCAUCACCUUACAGCUCUUCAAAGAUAACCUUUGAAAGAUUUACAUCUAAAUGCUGUCUUUACUUUGAAAGUACAUAAUUACCAAAAAUAUAUGUACUGUCAUACAGUUUUAUAGCAACAUUAAACAACCACAACUUGGCGAUUAUCCUCCAUUCUCUUUUUCAUAGCAAACAUGACAUACUUUUCACAUAACAAAACACUGUAUUAUUAUUACUUGUCUGGUGGAGACUUGACUUCACAGUAUAAAUGUACAUCAGUUUUUAUAUUUGUGAAUUCACCUGUAGGAGGGAGUAAAGAAAAUCUAAAAGUA